GCAAUAAAUAAAUAAAUAAUUCGUUUGUAUUCGUUCGUAAGCUCUCAGGUAGUUAGAGCUAUCUCGAUGUACUAACAUCAGUUCCAAUACGAAUCUUAUUAGACGAACGCGUGUGCGUGUGCGGUUAUCUGUUCGGUUUUGUGAUCAUGUGAGCCAAUAAUUGGAUAAAAGAAAUUUUUGUUAAAAAAUUAUCGAUAAAUGGAUGUGAUGAGUGGAAUAAAUUGGAAAUAGUAUAAAAAAUUGUGGAGUCAUAUGUGUAAUCUAACGAAUUGCUCACAUGUGAUAACUAAAAUUAAAGAAAAAAACAGCUAUUGGAUAUUACUAUGCUUCCUAUCAAGAUUUAACCAAAAUUCAAUAAAAAAUUUCAAAAGUGAGACAAAUUGUCUUCAUUAUUUUUUUGGUAUCUAUUUUCUAUGCCAUCUCGCGACGAACCGCCAGAAGAAAUGCUUACAUUAAGUUUUUGUGCGUGGAUGAUCAGUAGAUCUCUGCAAAUGGGGUUGCCUGACGAAGUUCAAAAUCGUUCAAACGAAAAGUCUAACGAACAAAAAUCAGAGAAUACCGAGUUCAGACCAAAUUUGCUCAAAUCUAACUCGCAACUUGUGAUCUCCAAAGAUUCUGGAGGUCUGACCAAAGUAUUAGACAAAACUGGCGCAAGUACACCUAAAAUUGCAGUAGAAGCAUCUGGAAAUGGAUAUGUUAAAGAUAGCAAAUUGGAUUUUGAACGGUCUCAAAGUUAUGAUGCUCAAAAAGCUAAAGAAGUUAUGAAGGGAAAUACAUUUCAAGGCAUUAGUAAAAAGACUUAUCUAGAUCAAAGUAUAUCCACACCUAAUUUUCUGGAUGAGAAUGUUUACAAUAAAUUUAUGAAAGUUGAAUCAAAAUAUAAAAGCAGCUCACAGAAUUCUACUGAUGGCCCAAAAUUUUAUGAAGGUGUUGGUUUGUACAAAAAAGGAACAAGAACUUCUGCCAAAAGCUUUGAAAAGCCAGACAAUUUUUCUGAAAUUAAAAACUCAUUCGAAAGUAGAAAUAUAAGCGUUGGAAGUGAUGAUGUUUUUUCUAAAACUCCUGUGUUAGAUGACAUACAAAUUAGUGCUGGUACUUUAGUAAAAGACUACGAACAAAGAUCCAAAAGUGAAUCAUAUGUGCUCAAAAAAACUGAAGAAAACUGUAGAGCUUCCGAUGAAACAUCAAGAAUUAUUGCUUUAUUUGAGGCAAAAGCAAAAAAUGAUGAUGGCAAGAGUAUUGCGAAAAGAGAUAUUGACAAUUCGGAUAAAACUAAUAGGAUUUUUAAUCUAUUAGAAUCAGAAUCCAAACAUAAUAAGGCUAACAGUCUGCCAAUGGAUCAAAAUGUUUUAAACCACGAUGUAUCAAUUGAUAUAACUAAAGCAGUUGAUAAUUUAGAAAAACCACCUAAUAUUCUUAAAGAUCUUUCUGAAAUACAAGUGGAUACCAAAAAGUUAGCAGAAAAGUUUGAAAAUAAGUUACCAAAUCAGGUAGAUAGCUCAGAGCAGAAAACCAGAAUUAUUGAAGAUUUUCCUAGCGAAUGUAUUAACGCCAAGAAAUUAGCAGAAAAAUUUGAAAAUAAAUCAGCAAAUGGCGUGACAGUUUCUAAAAGUUGGGACGCCAGUUCUUGGAAGGCAUUAGCAAAUGAUAGCAUUUCAACUCCUACAGAUCUUUCAAAAUUAAUUAAGAAUUCUGAAGCAAAUGAUGACAGUAUUGAAUUAUCACCUCAUAUUGGUGCUUCAAAUAAUAAAAAUAUAAUUGAGGCAAAGGUUAUAGUUAAGGAUCAAUUGAUACCAACAGAUACCACAUCAACGCAUUCCGCUUUAGAAAAUGAUCAUUGCCAAUCCAAAUCAGAAUAUACAAAAUUUGAAGCUUUGCGUAGCAGGCAAUUUAAUGCGUUGUCCAACAGACAAACCAAAUAUAAAAGUUUUAAUGCCAUACCAGAAUCAUCUUCUAGUGUUACAAAACCAGAUAAUGUACAAAAAUUGAAGAGUAGUUUCGAAAACUUAGCACUUGUCGGAAAUGACCAAAAACAAAAAUCAACUGUCAAAAAUGAUUCAAGUUUUAUGACACAUGGUGAUCAUACGCAAUUUCAAAAUGUCAUUAACAGUUCUGUUUCUAAAUUGAGCAGUAAAUUUGUGCAACCAAAAAAGGAAAUGAUAAAUUAG